GAACGAGCGAGUGCCGUUUUAGAGGAGCGAUGAGUCGUCAAGCCGAAAUCCUGGUGAUGUGGUGGAUAUCGCUGGUUGCACAGAAGGCCCUCGGCCAAUCGGUGAGUGACAAGGAGCACACACGUCACUGCUUCAGACGUCUGUUUUGUCCGGAUGUGCGCCCAGGCGCGUGUGAUAUCUCGGCCUCAUCAAGAGGUGCAUGGAGGCGCCGCGUCGCCCAUCCACGGCAUCGACGUCUUGGCCGCCGCCAGUGGCACGUCAGUUGACGAUGACACCAUGAUGGACGUGCGUGUGUCUGCUGCCUAUGGCGAGGUGCACUCCCAGUCCAUCGCUGGGGUCAAUAUCAUGGAGUGGACGGGACACGCUAUCAGGUCGGUGGAUGCCAUGUGUGUCUGAAUGGCCGGAGAUGGUGGUUGCUUGGUUGGUUUAUGUCAGGUUUCAGGCGCCUGUGGAUGCUGCCCCGGUCGUGUUGAGUCAGCUGGAGUAUCUGCCGUGCCAACACUGCUCCAACGACACACUCUCUGUAUCAUGCAGCAAACGGGUUAGGGAGCCGCCGUGGAUCCAUAUGUCCAUCUGCCCUCCCUGUCUGUUCACAAUCUGCCUACUCUCUCAGGUCAGUCACGAACGCACCAGAGGAAAAGCCUUCCUGACUGACCGAUGCUGUUGGUAUUGUGUGUGUAGGUUUGCCGUCUCUUCGGAGGUCUCUGCUGCACACUUUCGCAUUCGUCAGCACCGACAUGGGGCUGAUGGUUGCCACGGAAAUGUCACCAGUCUCUGUCGGUUUAUCUAGAUAUCUGUCUGUCUGUCUGUGUGAAUGAAUGAGGAGCGAAGCUUUUGGCUGCAUUCAUUCAUUGCUUUGCGUGUUGAUGGAUGAAUGAAUGAUUCGAGUUUUUGCGUAUGGGUAUCUAUCAUGGGGGCAUUUGAAGCGAGAGAGACAGCUCCAUCACCUUUAGAUUUGCGGACUGAUUGUGUGAUGGACCUCUGUCAACGGCUGCCUGUACAUAAUUAUGCCUGUACACACAAGUCAAGGUUGGAUCGAUCGAUCGUGUGAUUCGAUGGCUC